AUGUCUCGCUCAAAGGAAGGACAGUCUGGCGCCGCCAGUAGCAGCGGCGAGGACGAUGUUCUCGACCCUCAUCUAGUGAGGAGCAUUCUUCCCCGCCUGCAGCGAAUUGUGGGCAUGCUACAGCAGGCGGCAAAGGACGGUCAGUCCCUUUCGACGCCCAUCGCGAAAGAAGGUGGUGCUGAGUCCAAGCUAGAGGACAAUGGCAGCGCUACUAGCAGAGCAAAGGCUGAGCCAGAAGCAGCGACAUCGUCCACCGGUCCUUCGAUAGCCCUCGGCGCAGUAUCGGAGGACGACCAUUCCCUGUACGACUUUCUCUUCUCUUCCUCCUCCGCCGCUCCUGGCGACGCAGCUUCCUCCUCCACUCCUACUGAGCUGAGCCUCUCCCUCCUUCGCGAAGCACGUGAACUACGUGACGUCUAUCGCAAGGCGGAGAAGGCUUGUAGAGGGAUGGAGGGCGCAAAGUGGGGGAUAGAGGAGCAGACGGUUGCCAUUAGGCAGUUGGAAGGGAUGAGGGCGGAGGAGAGGAGGAAGGCACGAUUCGAAGCGACGACGACGGCUGCUGAGACUGCAGCGCAAAUGAUUCCAGCUAAGAGAGUGCGUGGUAGCGAGGAGGCAGAUCACGGCAGGCCGAUGGGCGCAGAGCUCCUGCUCCAUUUCAGGCUGUCCUCCCAAAUAGUCCAGGCACUCCUCACGAGCUUGCAGUCUUCCUUCUCCGGCUCAGCCCUACCGCCAGACCCAAUCCCUCGACCAGGCAAGCAAAGUCGAUCGAUCCAUCGUGGAAUCAGGCAAGACGACGAACAUGACGACGAGCUGGAGGAGCCUCCCUCCUCCCUCGCCUCUCUCCCCAUCUGGAGCGGGUCGUCCGCGUCUUCCUCCAUCACUCCGGCAACCUUGCUACCCAGCCUGAUCAUGGUGCACGCAUCGCUGGAUGAAGCUCUGCUCCGCGCAAGAACGCAUCGCGCCAAUACAGUGCGUAUAGCUUCCCUCUCAGAGGAGGUCGGGAGGCUGCGUCGAGCGAGAAGGGAGAGGGUUAGGAAGUUGAGGGACGCGGCGGGGGAGUUGAGGGAAUUGCUUGCUAGAGGGGCAGGGCACGCUGGGCGCGUGGGAGAAAAAGAAGCACAGUCUGGGAAGGGUGGACAGGUUCAGUCUGGGUUCAGAUUGGUGAACAGGGCGGAUGUUCUAGCGUACGCGGCCGAGCUUGCCCGUACUACUUCGGCCCCGCCUGGGUGGGGUGGAGCGGCUGCGAUACUAGCGAAGGAAAAGGUCGGCGAGACAGGAGCAGCUGUGCCUACGGCGCAAGGCCAAGAUGGACAAGCAGGAGAGCAGACAGGAGAGGACACUUCUAUGCGCGACGUCGCAGAAGGCGACAACAAGAAUGGCGAAGCCCACCCGUCAUCCUCAGCUACUCCAGCCGAAUCUGCCACGCCCGCAACGACUUUUGGCCAACAACAAUCGCAGCAACAACAGCAGCAGCAACAGCAGCAACCGCCACAACCAGCCGGUGGCUCUUCCUCGCUCCUUCUUCUCGCCCUCGCCGAGCAGCAAAACCGUGAAGCCGCUGCCAACGGCUCAGCCUCUCAAGCGCCUCUGGUGGAUCCGGCCGCGUCCACCUCCUCUGCGCCGUACACCCUCCCCUUCCCCUCUGACGCGGAUAUGCGCCGCGGCCUGAUGGGGGUGGCAAUGUUGACUGAUAUGGCCAGACUGGGUGAAGCUGCUGAGGGUAGGGGCGAGGGACAGGCCGACUCGGCCAUGAGUGGCCUCCUGCCUAGUUGGAAGGAGUGGGGAAGGUUGAAGAGGGAGGAAGAGGAGGUAAUGCGGCAGAGUCAGAGAGCACAAGAGGGGCAGCAACAGCAACGCGAGCCGCAGGAGCGGCGACAUGAGACGGUGAGGCGGCCCGCUGAGCACGUUCACAGUCAAGAUGCUGGCGGGUUUGGUCUCGACCUGUAA